UGCAAUUUCCGCUCUACCCGCUGCUCGCAAGCAGUAAAGUUAUUCUCACUGCCUUCUUUGACCGUUUCCGAUGGCCACCAGGAGAACUUGGCAAUGUCCGGGAAGCUAACGGAGAAGUACUUGAAGGAAGAAUAUGCAGCAAAAGGAAGUCGACGAUCAAGAAAACGCCAAGAAUAUCCACAUGAGCUCCUUCUUCAAGCAAUCAUUGCUGAUGUUGAUGAGAUCCAGAGCCAACUUGAUUACCAUGAUAUGGCCUGUAGCGAGAAAGAAGAGAAGUUAUUAUCACUAAGUGCAUUCUUUCUCAACGAUGGGGCUUCAAUAGCAAAACGUCUCUCUGAUGCUAAUGUUUCUAUCAACAAGCUUGAACGUAAACAUAUUGCUGCUGCAGUUUUUGCUUGA